AUGGCCUGUUCUGAUUGUACGCAUACCCUCUCCAGCUCUGAAAAGGGCGACGAGCUGUCGGAGCCCAAGAUGCUAUCUUUACCAGGGGACAAAACACCAGAAGAAGCUCGUCUUGAGCGAGAAGGGUGUAUCAGGAAUCUCCAGGUGUUUCGAUACAAUCUUUACCAAAAAGAGUCAAAGGUGCAUGAUGAAGACGCCUUUAUUGACCUACUCUACUGCGAAGAAAGGCUGCGAAGGAAUUGUCAAAAGGAGAUUGAUUUACGGCACAAAGUGAAAGAAAAACCGUCUUUCUGGGGCACUGGCAUUCCAAGCUUUGAGGACGAGAUGAGCACACUCUACCAAGAUAAUUGGAUGCGGACACGAGUCUGGUGGUUCAUCCGUGGCUGGAUCAUUGAGGUGGGUGUUGUGGUCGUGAUUGUGGAUGUUGUUCGGAUGCUCAACGUGCGAGUAGUUCAGCCGGGGCGCUUGGUGUGGGACACUGCACUCUAG